AUAACCAAGCAAUCGGAUUUUUUUCUGUUAAUUACAACAUCAAGACAACAAUUGAAACCAGACUAUACGUAAAAAUGAGUGCUUUGGAGCAAAAGAAACAGCGUAUUGCUGAACGCAUCAAAGAAGACCCAUACGAAGGCCAUCAAAUGCUCCGGACUCUGGUAAACAGACAAGUUAAGAACAAGCAAUUCGAUACUGCUGUCGAGCUUCUGUACUCUGGUGCUUCAACACUUUUUGACAUGAAUGAAACGGCAAGUGCUGGCGAUCUUGCGCAAUAUAUCAUGGAUACUUACACAAAGGCCGGUUUUGAAACCACUCCAGCUCAUAAGGCCAGAGCAAUUGAAGUUCUUGCCAUGUUUCCGAAGGAAGAAUCCACGAGAAAGCAAUACGUUCAUGAUUUGAUUGCUUGGUCCAAGAAAAGCACACCCUCUGGUGAUGAAGAUGUCCAAGAUGCUGUUGCAAAUGCCUUUGUUAAGUGGGAGGAACCCGAGAAAGCCGAGUCUCACUUUGUGCUUGGAAACAGUCAGAGCCCUCUAAGUUAUGGACACAUGCUUUACCAAUGGUACACAGGUGCAGAGACGAAAACUGAUGCAGGUGUGUUUGCCGGUCGCGCGGUCAUCAAUUACUUGUUAGCUGAAAACCUGAACGGUGCUAAGACUGCUUUGUCUGAAUUCAGCAAGUUGCUUUCUGAGAAGGGUCAAGAAACUAUGCAGAAGGCGUCUAUUGAUGAUGUAUCCGUUUCUGUAUUUCCUAAUCACCCACUCGUCAACUUUUUCUGGUUGCUGCUUGUAGCAGCUUCUCGUGAAGCUCAGCCCUCCUUCUUGAACUUAAAGGAGACGUAUGCCGAGCAACUUAAAGCUAUGCCUGGAUGGCAAGAGGCCUCUGAAAAAAUCGGUGAGAAGUAUUUCCAUAUUAAGCCUGCUUUCAGUCAAGGCAACUUGUUGUCUGGUUUAAUGAAUUCUUUUUUCGGACUCAAUACUAGUGCUCCUGCAGGCCUUGAAUAAAUAACUGUUUUGUAGAAUACAACAUACUUUUAUUUUAAGAGGCAAGUUUAAUUUUAAAAAUUAAUGGAAACUUUUUUCUGUCUACAGUAAAAAAAUGAAUGGUAUGGAGAAAUGUGAACUAAGCUUGAUUAUUCCUGUAACUUGCGAACAAGAGCAAUGCCCAUGCAUUUUUAUAUACUCAGUAAUGUACUUCCAUGGAAACUUCACCCACUUUUGAUCUCCA